AAAUUGAAGUUCCAUGAUUAUGUUAUUAUGUCAGGCUUAGGCUUUUAAGUUUAUCAAUAGAAAAUUAUUUGAAAAAGUGCUCUCUAAUUUGGAAUACCGAACGAUGCCCCUCCUGCAUUAUUGCUGUCGCGUGUGGCCAAGAGCAGUUGCAUUGCAACGCUGUUGCCACACGUUGCCCACUCAAAAUUUAAAGAGCAUCGAUGAAGCUUUGGUGAAGGGAAAGUUAUUGCAAACGGAAGCGAUACUCAAGCAGGCUACAACUUUGUAUAAGCCCGACGAGGUGAUGCUGCAGUUUAUUGCCACCACCCUGCAGCGUUAUUCCGUCAAGCUGCAACGAUACAACGGUCCCCUCAAGCUCGCCGUCGAACAAGCGCUGGCCGAGCAGCCGCAGGUGCGUGCCAUGUUUCUGGGCUGUCGACGCACCGAUCCUGGCUGUGCUGAGCUCACACCGAUGAUGCCCUGCGACAAUGGCUGGCCAGUGUUAAUGCGCAUCUUUCCUCUGCUGGACUGGAGCUAUCACGACGUUUGGAACUAUCUCCGCAGUCGUCAGCUGCCUUAUUGUUCGCUCUAUGAUCAGGGUUACACAUCGUUAGGGGAACGCAGCAGCACUCGGAUGAAUCCCAGCUUGUUAGCCUAUGAUGAGCAGCUGGGCAAAUUGAUUUAUCGGCCGGCGUAUGAGCUCAAGGAUGACAAACUGGAGCGUGCCAAUCGCGAAGAUACUCAACUAGUUAAUCGCACUCGCCAGCACCAUCAAAAUCCUUAAAGCAAAGCA